AUGUUUCUAUGGGAUAACAGUGGGCUGAAGUCCUUAGGGGCCUGUCCCAGAAAGCCAAAGUCACCGACAGCAGAAACUGAGGAAGACGACGGAGCCAAUCCACAGUUCCUCCUUCCCCUCCCGCAGGCGGCCCCGCCUCCGGAGAGCGGACUACACUUCCCAGCCGUCCCCGCGGGCGGCGGCGGCGGUGGCGCGGGCGGGAGAGGGCGGCGGUGUGAGAGGAGGUGGGGGCGGCGCGCGCCGGGCACGCGCGCCGGCGACCAUGGCGUUCGCCGGGCUGGAGCGUGUACAUUAGCCCCGGGAGGCGGCGGCGGCGGCGAGGGAGCGAGCCUCGAGCGGGCGGGUCCCAGCCUGAGGGAAGGGAGGAAGGGGCGGGGAGAGCACCAGAGGGAGGCCCAUCGACCACGGGCGGGCGGGCCGCGCAGCGCCAAGCGGGGCCCGCGGGUCCAUGAGGAGGCCUGGGGACCAUGGGCUCCAGGAUCAAGCAAAAUCCAGAGAGUACAUUUGAAGUGUAUGUUGAAGUGGCCUAUCCUAGGACAGGUGGCAAUCUUUCAGGAAGUUCUACAGACUUUGACCAAGUUUUGUUUCCCCUUCUAUGUGGACAGUCUCACAGUUAGCCAAGUUGGCCAGAACUUCACAUUUGUGCUCACUGACAUUGACAGCAAACAGAGAUUCGGGUUCUGCCGCUUAUCUUCAGGAGCGAAGAGCUGCUUCUGUAUCUUAAGCUAUCUGCCCUGGUUCGAAGUCUUUUAUAAACUGCUCAACAUCUUGGCAGAUUAUACGACAAAAGGACAGGAGAGCCAGUGGAAUGAGCUUCUUGAAACUCUGCACAAACUUCCUAUCCCUGACCCUGGAGUGUCUGUUCAUCUCAGUGUGCAUUCUUAUUUUACUGUGCCUGAUACCAGAGAACUUCCCAGCAUACCUGAGAAUAGAAAUCUGACAGAAUAUUUUGUGGCUGUGGAUGUAAACAACAUGUUACAUCUGUACGCCAGCAUGCUCUACGAACGCCGGAUACUCAUCACUUGCAGCAAACUCAGCACUUGUAAUGUGAUUAAAGACAUUGUUUCCAACAGCUUAAACCAGCAAAAGUUGAUAAGGAAGCACUAUACUGCUCCCAUGCCCUACCUCAUAGGAAUCCAUUUAAGUUUAAUGGAGAAAGUCAGGAACAUGGCCCUGGAUGAUGUCGUGAUCCUAAACGUGGACACCAACACCCUGGAAACCCCCUUUGAUGACCUCCAGAGUCUCCCAAAUGAUGUGAUUUCUUCACUAAAGAACAGGCUAAAGAAGGUCUCUACAACCACCGGUGAUGGUGUGGCCAGAGCGUUCCUCAAGGCCCAGGCUGCCUUCUUUGGUAGCUACCGAAAUGCUCUGAAAAUUGAGCCGGAAGAGCCAAUCACCUUCUGUGAGGAAGCCUUCGUAUCCCACUACCGCUCCGGGGCCAUGAGGCAGUUCCUGCAGAAUGCCACACAGUUGCAGCUCUUCAAACAGUUUAUUGAUGGUCGAUUAGACCUUCUCAAUUCCGGCAAAGGUUUUAGUGAUGUUUUUGAAGAGGAGAUCAACAUGGGCGAGUAUGCUGGUAGUGAUAAGCUGUACCACCAGUGGCUCUCCACAGUCCGGAAAGGAAGUGGAGCUAUUCUGAAUACCGUAAAAACAAAAGCAAACCCAGCCAUGAAGACUGUCUAUAAGUUUGCAAAAGAUCAUGCAAAAAUGGGAAUAAAAGAGGUGAAAAACCGCUUGAAGCAAAAGGACAUCGCUGAGAAUGGCUGUGCCCCAGCCACAGAAGAGCAGCUACCAAAGACUGCACCAUCCCCACUGGUGGAGGCGAAGGACCCCAAGCUCCGUGAAGACCGGAGGCCAAUCACAGUCCACUUCGGACAGGUCCGCCCUCCCCGUCCACAUGUCGUUAAGAGACCGAAGAGCAACAUCACAGUGGAAGGCCGGAGGACAUCUGUCCCGAGCCCUGAGCACCUGGUAAAGCCCUUGCGACACUACGCGGUCUUCCUCUCUGAAGACUCUUCUGAUGAUGAAUGCCAGCGGCAAGAGGGCCCAAGCUCUGGCUUCACCGAAAGCUUUUUCUUCUCCGCUCCCUUUGAAUGGCCGCAGCCAUACCAGACACUCAAGGAGUCAGACAGUGCAGAAGGUGACGAGGCAGAGAGUCCGGAGCAGCGACCGCGGGAACGCAUGGGACUUGCCCCAGCUCCACCUGACCGGGCUGCCAGCAUCGACCUCCUGGAAGACAUCUUCAGCAACCUAGACAUGGAGGCCCCACUGCAGCCUCUUGGCCAGGCCAAGAGCUUGGAGGACCUUCGGAUGCCUAAAGACCUGCAGGAGCAGCCAGGGACCUUUGAUUAUCAGAGGCUGGACCUGGGCGGGAGUGAGAGAAGCCGCGGGAUGCCAGUGGCCCUGAAGCUCACCCACCCGUACAACAAGCUCUGGAGCCUGGGCCAGGAUGACAUGGCCCUCCCCAGCAAGCUCCCUGCUGCCUCCCCUGAGAAGCCCUCACCCCUGCUUGGGAGCUCCCCAGCACUACACCACAGGCCCCAGAACCGGGACAGCAUCCCAAACCCCAGCAACAAGGAGGAGGCCCCCACCCCCCCUCCAGGCAGUAUCACCAUCCCCCGGCCCCAGGGCAGGAAGACCCCAGAGCUGGGCAUCGUGCCGCCGCCACCCACUGCCCGCCCAGCCAAGCUGCAGGCUGCUGGCACCACCCUUGGUGACUUGUCUUCAGAGUGGCUGCAGGCCGAACGGGAAAGGCGAGCUACCCCGAGCCCAGCCCCAUUCCCAGGGCACCUCCCCAGCACUGCCUCCCAUGGCACCCCCGAACUGCUUCAGCCUCUCAGCCUGGCUCCAGGGGGCACUGGUACAGGCAGUGACGCCCUGCUUGCCCUCCUGGACCCACUUCACACAGCCUGGCCAGGCAGCACCCUCCCACCAGUCCCUCCUGCCCCAAAUGUAGCCACCCCAUUCACACCACAGUUCAGCUUCCCCCCUAUGGGGACCCCCACCCCAUUCCCACAGCCAUCACUCAACCCCUUUGUCCCAUCUGUGCCAACUGCACUGCCUACUAUGCCCCUGCUCUCUACACCCACUGGGCCUUUCGGGGCCCCUCCUGCCUCCCUGGGGCCAGGUUUUGCACCCAGUCUCCUGCUGUCAAAUUCUGGCUUCUGUGUGCCACAUAGAUCCCAGCCCAACCUGUCUGCCCUCUCCAUGCCCAAUCUUUUUGGCCAGAUGCCCGCAGGUGCCCACACCAGCCCUUUGCAGCCACUGGGCCCUCCAGCAGUCACCCCUUCAAGGAUCCGAACGUUGCCUCUGGCCCGCUCAAGUGCCAGGGCCGCCGAGGCCAAGCAGGGGCUGGCCCUGAGGCCUGGAGACCCUCCACUCCUUCCUCACAGGCCCCCCCAGGGCCUGGAGCCGGCACUGCAGCCCUCUGCUCCUCGGGAGGCCAGAGACCCCUUUGAGGAUUUGUUACGGAAAACCAAGCAAGAUGUGAGCCCAGCCCCUGGCCCCGGCUCAGUGGAGCAGCUCAGGAAGCAGUGGGAGACAUUCGAGUGA